AUGUUUGCGUUCCCGUGUGACCGCUUGACAGACACUGUCUCUGCGCCUCCCGAGGUUUGGUUCUCGGCGUCGCCACUCGUGGGCGCGUCGCCCCGUGGCGGGCGUCGCCCUCGCGCAGAAGCGACGUCUCCCCAGGGGACCGACGCGUCCGGGAUCGCGGCGCAGCGGCGAGAAGAGCCGAACAAGGCUGCGUGCGCUGGGAAGCCCGACGCCGACCUCGCUGCCGCGUUCGCGGCUUCGCAGGCGAGUCUGCCGGUGUCUCCGUCGCCCCAUGGAGGUCUGCAGGCCUUGUGCACGUCGCCGCUCCUGCCGGCGACGUCGCCUGUCUCCUCAAUCUAUUUGCAGUCGCCGCUCGUCUCGCUGCCUCCGCCGGCAGGGGCCGCGGCGGCGGCGGCGCUCGCUCUCGGGGCGUUCCCCGUCAUUGCGCAGAGCACCGUGGACGGAGUCCUCCUCUUCCCGGCGUACGCGCCGCCGCCCUGGGUGCAGGUUUUCGAGCUCGGUCGCUGGCGGUUCGGCGACGCCGACGACCGCCAGGGUUGGACAACCAAGAACAUGCGCUUCGUGCUGGAAAACCGACUGUACCCCUUCCCUGCGGGCGACGAGCCGGGGACGAGAACGAGCGGAACCGCUGGGAAGGCCAAGGAGGCGCUACAACUCGGCCCCGGAGCGACCGACGCGGCCGCCGACGCGACGCCUGCCGUGCGGCCCUCGGGCGUUCACGGAGAGCAGUUGCCGAGCGGCGCCAGCGGGGAGAACGUGGAGCCGAGCUCUCCUGCCCGCGACUCCACAGCGGCCGGAUCUGCGCGCCCGGUCGUCGUCGUUGAGUACGGGGCCUCGCCGCCGAGUGCUGCGAGCCUCGAGGCGGCAGUCGCGGGGCUGCUCGAGUAUUUCCACGGAGACAAGUCGGGCAUAAGCGGUCUGCUGGGGGGCGAGCGGGAGCGUCGACACUCCUUCUCCGUCAGCCCGCGCCACACCGCCGCGCAUGCAGGCGUCGGCGCGAGCCCCGUGGUGUCGGGUCUGUUCGCGCUCGGGAGUCCCCUCAUGCGGCGCCGCAGCUCCAGCAACAUCAGCGUCGUCCUCUCGGACCAGCGCGGCGAGGGCGGCGCGAGUGUGGGGGCGAGCGCGCCGCCGGCCUUCUUGUGCCCGAGCGCGGAGGUCGUGCACGGGGCGCUGAAGCUCGCCAUCCGGUUCGGCGUGCCCGACGGGCUGAAGAAGACCGUCUGGCUCGUGGCGAACAACGCCUGGGAGUUCCUCAAGGGCCACGAACACCUCUACAAGAACGCGCUGCAGCAGACCUUUGGCGACAGGGUCCCUGCGACGCUCAAGGGAAAGUGUCCGACGUUUUCCGCGGGUGUCCUCGGGCUCCAGGAAGACAUCUCCGGGAAGCAGACGCGGUUAAAGGACUUUGAGUUCGAGACGGACACACCCCUCGCGGCCUGGCGCGCCCGGAUGGGCCCCAGCGAAGCCGAGGCGCCGACCGGUCGAGGCGAGUUCUUCGCCGAUAUCACCGAGUCGACUGCCGACCUCUUGAAGAGCUGGUUCGCCCCCACGCCGCGAACCGGCCCCACCGGCCGCGAGGGCGGCGCGGACGGGCCCUCUGGCGACGGGUCCGCCGGGUACCACUUUGCGACCGCGCCCGCCACGCCGCGCUGGCUGUCGCUGCUCAAGGGAAGGAGACAGAAAGUCGGGAGCAAUCCUCUCGGCCAGACGAUUCGGGACGACUUGAAUUUCUGGCCGGCCCCGCCGAGUCCCUCCGCGGAGCAAAGUCUCCGCGGGUCGGGGAGUGCGGACGGCGCCGGAGACAGCGGCGCCGCCCUCGCCGGAGACAGCGGCGCCGCCCUCGCCAGAGACAGCGGCGUCGCGGGAGAGACAUCCCGCGGGACCGCGGCCGGAGUCGCGCUGCUCCACGGCCUGGGCAGCUUCAAGAGCAGCGAGAUGUACGGCGAGAGGGAGCGCGGCCUCGCGACGGAGACCAGAGAUCGAGGCCGAGACCUCCAGAAGAUCGACGAAGACCGAGCCCCGAUGCACGUAUCGGCGUCGCCCGGGGGCCCUCGGGGGCGCAGCGCCGGCUGCGAAGGCAACACGGAUGGAACUGCGACGGGAGUGGAGGUCGGCGAGCCGGAGGCCGAAGACUCGGCGAGGAUGGCGCACCAGCGGUCGCCGGCGUGGCACGGCCGCACGGAAGCCGAUGUCGAGGCCUUGCAGCAGGCCAGGCAGCGGGGCCGGGAUUUUUUGGUGGCGCGCAGCAAGCUGUUUCUCGACUACAUGAAGACCCGGCCGGAACCGGCGAACGGGGACGACUCGUUCGACGUCGAGAAGCAGUCGUCGCUGGCGAAGGAGUUGUUUGGGCGCCGCGACAGCACCGAGGUCCAAGACUUUCGGCGGUACAUGCGCGAGACCCACCAUCGCCACAUGCGGCACGCCGAGCGCAUGCGGCGCGCUCGGGAGCGAUCCAGAGAGCGCCUGACGAGCUCCUUCGCCCUCUCCUCGGUGUCCAACUACCUGGCGGCCACGGGCGACGCGCCAGGUCCGGCGCCGCGGCGCUUCAACACGGCCUCGUCGCUCGACUCGGCGGACUCCUUUGCGUUGCGCAGCCCGGCCGGCGCCUCGUGGACGCUGGACGGCGGCAUGUCCCAAGACUCCAUGGCCCUUAACGGGAUGCGCGCCGCGUACUCGGACUACAACUUGCUCACGGCGCACGCGGCAGCUCGCCAGCAGCAGGCGGCGGCAGUGGCGGCGGCGCACCGGCAGCCGAGCCCGGAGAAGACCGGCAGGGCGGGUAGCAAGAAGAGGACCAAACUGAAGCUGCCUUGGAUGGCUGCGGCCUGGCCCGAGGGCGUGAACAAGGGCCGAGCUGGCGAGCGGGAAGACGAGGCGCGCCUGGCUGAGACGCCCCGGACUGCCUUGGAGUCGGGUCAUUUCGAUGGUCCAGGGGGCGUGGACGGAGGCUUGGGCGAGCCUGCGAAGAGCGCGUGGGGCGCCGGUAUGCACACCCCGGAGCGAGAGAAGAGGACGCUGUUUGGCCGGAAGAAGAAAGACUGCGGUCGGGGGAAAUACCCAGUCUCGGCCGCCGAGCCGGCCGGAAGCGCCCAGGGAGACGGCGGGCCGGGGGAGGGCCCGACGCUGUGUCGAGCAGCCUCGUCCCCGACCUCUGCGCCACUCGGCUUCGAUCCUCUGGUGAGCGUGGCCAAAGAGGCACCGCCGGCCGCUUCGCUCCCGAGUCGUCUCCCGUGGCGACGCAGCGGAACUGGCUCGGUCGAGGGCUACGGCGCGACGGGCUCGGGGGGAAAGCCCAUUUCCGGCGGGUCUGGGCCGCUGGGCGGGAAGAAGCGAGACGCUCGGGGCGGCGCGAGCAAAAGCGGCGACCUGCGCGGCGCGGGCGGGAAGAGCGCCGCGUGGCUCGAAGUGCGACAGCCGCUGGGCUCUGCUCCGGCCUCGCAGGAGGAAGGCAAGGAGGUGGAUGCCGCCAUGGUUGCCAAGGACAAGGUCUGCCUGCCUGCGCCCGGUGCGGUGGACCGCCAAGAGGCUCACCCGGCCGCGCCAGGAGGCGUCUCGGCCGGAAGUGCGGACCGGGACGGGAUGUCGCGCUGGGCACUCCAGCUGAGCAGCGGCGAGACCGAGGCGAGCAAGGCGGGCGCCCCGAUGUCUCCGCAGGGGAAGCGAGACCCGUUUGCAUGGAGCGAGAAGGACGAGAGAGACCGGUUGGCGGCCGGGACGGCGCUCGCGGCCGACCUCCGGGCGAGUGCGUACGCGUCCUCGGCGUUCUUGGACGCCCACCGCGCUGACGAGACCCCGGGGAAGAAGAAGAAGAAUUUCGGUUUCUUCCGGCGACUGUUUUUCCACCCGAACCCCUUUGGCUACGCGAGUCGGCGCGUAACGACCGACGAGGCCGCCCCCGAGGGCGACAGAGAGCCUGCUGGCGCGAGGCGCGGGACACCGUCGCUCGCGGGAGCCCCGAACUCUUCGUUCGCCGCGGAAGCGUGGCCGAGGCGGGUCUCUGAGGCCGAGGAAGAGGGCGAGGCGAGCCGCGGCGAGGGCCCGGAGGCGGACACGCCCUCGCAGCUGUCGCUGGACGCAGGGGACGCCUCGGCGCGCGCCAGGAAGCCGGCGCAGUCGCGGCCCGGAAACGGGAUUCUCGCGUCCUGCGCGUGCUGUUGCGCGGCCAAUGCGGACGCCGGCCGGCCAGUUGGGCCUCCGUUGAGCGCGCAACUCGUGGCGCGUGAAGGCCCCAGCGAAAUCUUGAGUCGCGGGUUUUCCCGAGUGAUCCAGAAGAGUGGUGAACGCAGCGGAUCUGAGACUACGGCCUGGCAAGGGAGCCUGCAGGGCGCGUCGCGCGAGCACGGGGAGAAGCGCGGCGACGGACCGGACGAGGCGGCGUUCGAGCUGCCGCCGUCUGCAUGCUUCUGCCCGGGGGCGGACGGCCGACACGGGGUGGAGGGCGCACGUCUUUCCGCCUCGUCCACGCACUCGACGAGGCUCUGUCCCUCCGCGUCCGUUUCCUCGUUGGCGCUGCUGGGGCGCGCACCCUUGCACGGCCAGCCCUGCCGGGAGGGCUGGGCCUCGAGUCCUGCGAGUCCGACGGCGUUUCGGCGCCCCGCGGAGGCGGCGCGGUCGCCGAGUCGGUGGGGCGAGAGUGCUGCGGAGCCUGGCCGGUUGAAGAGCAAAGAGAAACCGGAGAAACGACACCGCCUCCUGAUGGGGCUGCGGAGACACAAGAAGACUGGAGCGAAGACGGAAGGGCUCCCACAGCAGUUGCCGGCGGACGCGGACGGCCAGGUCUCUGCGUUCUCGACGGACCCGUGGGCGGCUCUGGGCGAGGCGCCCGCGGCGGAGGCGAGUCAGCAGACCCAUCGUCUCCUUCCGCUGUCGCCGCUUUUGUCUGCCUGCGGCCCCCUGACGCAUCCGCCGUCGCCCUCGUUCCAUUCGGGCCUUGCGGGCGCGCUCGUCCCGACUUCGCCCCUCUGGCGGGCCAUGCACCUUCCGGGCGCCGGCGCCGGGGCGCCCGACCACGGCGCGGAGUAUCGGCGCCAGCUGAAGAAGGCGGACGUCUACGAGGUUGAAGACGUGACCGACUUUCACUUGCUGCUCACGGAGAAAGGCAAGGAGAAGGCACGGCGCCUGCUUUGGUGUCUGAACGCGCUGCACGGCGCAGUCGAGUUCUGCCCCGUUUUGCCGCCGCUGACCUGCGUGCUGCUGCUUUACUUUGACGAAGACGUCGCGUACGUGAUUCUCCACUGCUUGCUGAAGAAGGCCGUGCAACGCGAACGAAGCAGCAACGACUCGCCGUUCAUGCCCGUCAAGCGCAAAGACUUUGUCCGAUUCGUCAAACUCAUCACGGCCACGAUCGCCCAGCGCCUGCCGCGCCUGUACACCCACCUGCGCUCGCUGACGAUCGACGUCGCUGCCUGGGUCGCGCGCGGCGUCCAAGACGGUUUCGCUAGGAUGCUGCCGUUCGACUUCGUCCUCCGGAUCUACGGCGCGUUUUUGUUCGAGGGCGCAAAUGUGUUCUUCAGACACUGCGUCGCCCUCCUCAAGCUCCUCGAGCCGUCGCUCCUGAACUGCACAGACCACGAAGCGGCGGAAGACGUCCUCUACAACUGCGGAGACGAUCCCGCCGUCACGCUCCACGGCCUCUCCAAGACGGCCUUCCGUUACAAACUCCGCGUUGAAGUCCCCUUCCACAAGCAAACUGCUGAGUUCCCCACUCCGUACUUGAUGACUACCCGCAUGCGCCAGUUUCACCGCCCGCGUCUCCGCGACGAAUCGCGAAUUCUCCAACCCCAACACUGGGAAGCUAUCUGGGGCUGGGUCCCUGAAACUGCCCGCAUUCUCGUGCCGACGUUGGAGUAUUCGAGCGACAGCCACGGAAUGAGCAUCACUGCCAUGUUACAACGCCUCACACCCUUUUUGCGGUCUCCAAUGCUCCUUGUCAUCUCCACCCGGGAGGGGGGGAUUCUCGGCUGCUUCAGUCCGUUUCCUUUCAGAUACGACGCCAAAGCCGCCGCCAGUGACGCUCCCUUGGAUAUUUCCUUCGUUUAUCAGUUGCAGCCUGAAGAGCAGGCGUAUUGGUGGACCGGUGCAAAUCAGAUCUUCAUGAACGUCACGCACAAACAUAUCAUCAUUGGCGGCAACGACAUCGCAAUCUUCAUCGACGAGGACCUACGGAAAGGUCAGAGCAGGAAGUCUGCCUCUUUCGAUUCGGCGAAGCUCGUGAAGGACGAGAUGGGCGACUUCCUCAUCUCCCUCCUCGAGAUCUGGAUCCUGCGCGAGGAAUAG